AACCGGUUAUAUUUAGUCUUUGGUCGUGAACUGGUAACUGRAAUGUCCCACAUUUUCCGGUGGACUCUGAACGCAGCAUCAGAUAAGCUCGCAGGCUGCUUCUUCGGGAAGUGUCUUUGACGUGUGCGACCAAUCAAAAGCGCUCAAAAUACCCUCAGCAGCGGUCUGAGUGGCUCCAUGUUGGAUCGGUCUCUUCUUAGAAAGACGAGUGUUCGGGUUUGGGAGGGGUGUGUGUGUGUGUGUGUGUCCACCUGCGCGUUCGGCCCCGAAAAGUGUGCUGCGUGAGGCGGGCUCAGAGCCCAGAAAAUCGGUCAAAGACGCACCUGARGAGCGGUGAAAAGUGGAAGAAGUGUUUUGUGAUAAAAGCCACACAGACACCAUGUUUACUCUCACCGAGGUUGCAUCCUUGAACGAUAUCCAGCCGACGUACCGCAUCCUGAAGCCAUGGUGGGACGUCUUGAUGGACUACCUGGGCCUGGUCAUGCUCAUGUUGGCCAUAUUUGCAAUGACCAUGCAGAUCACCAAGGACCAGGUCGCUUGCCUGCCGUGUAUGGACAACCCGGAAGAUGCUUCAGACUCUCCGGUUUGUCCUGGAGAGAAGACAUUGAAGGCAGCCUCCUCUGCCUCAUCAGCUGUCACCGGAGCCACACUUUCAACCACCGUCCCAUCAAUGACUAAAGAUUUGCCUGAUGAAGCAGUUCAUGAGCUCCGCUCUACACAGCAGGCUGUUCUGGCAGCAGGGAAAUACGUCAACCAACCCGAACCGAGAGGAGUUAAAACCAACCUGGACUUUCAGCAAUAUGUCUUUAUCAACCAAAUGUGUUACCAUGUUGCCUUGCCCUGGUACUCCAAGUACUUUCCAUACCUCACACUCAUCCACACCAUUGUUCUCAUGGUCAGUAGCAACUUCUGGUUCAAAUACCCCAAAACUAGUUCAAAAAUAGAGCACUUUGUGUCCAUUCUGGGCAGGUGCUUUGAGUCCCCUUGGACCACGAAAGCUUUAUCUGAAACAGCUUGCGAGGACUCUGAGGAGAACAAACAAAGGUUUACCAGCACUACUUCAACCCAAAAACAAGUGUCGUUAGAGGGGAAGGAGGAAGGCACGGAUGCUGACCCAGCCACACCCAUGCUUGGAGUCAAGUUCUCUGCAGACAAGCCCAUUUCAGACGUCCCGAGCAGUAUGACGAUCCUGGAUAAGAAGGACGGGGAGCAGGCCAAAGCUCUGUUCGAGAAGGUGAGGAAGUUCCGAGCCCACGUUGAGGACAGCGAUUUCAUCUACAAGCUCUAUGUAGCCCAGACUUCUGUCAAGACUUUCAAGUUUGUUUUAAUAUUAUCCUACACUAUCACCUUUCUGCUUGAAAUCAAAUUUGGGCACAUCUGUAAACCUGAAAUAACUAUCCUGACAGGCUAUGAGAAGUUCUACUGUACGCACAACAUGGCUUUUAUUCUGAAGAAGCUGCUCAUCACCUACGUGGCUUUGAUUCUGAUCUAUGGGAUGACUUGUUUGUACUCUCUGUUCUGGGUGUUUCGUAGACCCCUAAAAGAGUAUUCUUUUGAGAAGGUCAGGGAAGAGAGCAGCUUCAGUGACAUUCCCGAUGUUAAAAAUGAUUUUGCCUUCCUUUUACACAUGGUUGACCAGUACGAUCAGCUUUACUCCAAGCGCUUUGGUGUCUUCUUGUCUGAAGUCAGCGAGAAUAAGCUGAGAGAGAUCAGCCUCAACCACGAGUGGACCUUUGAGAAAUUACGGCAGCACGUCACCCGAAAUGCWCAAGACCAGCAGGAGCUGCACCUCUUCAUGCUGUCCGGCCUCCCGAACGCCGUGUUUGACCUCACAGACUUGGAGGUGCUGAAGCUGGAGCUGAUUCCUGAGGUGAAGUUUACAGCCAAGGUCUCACAGAUGACCAGCUUGCAAGAACUCCAUCUGUGUCACUGUCCGGCCAAAGUGGUUCAGACGGGUUUCGCUUUCCUCCGGGAUCAUCUCCGCUGCCUUCACGUCAAGUUCACAGAUGUUGCUGAGAUCCCACCCUGGGUCUAUCUGCUGCGCAGCCUAAGAGAGCUUAAUCUGAUCGGAGGUUUGAACUCAGAGAACAACAAAAUGAUCGGUCUGGAGUCCAUGCGGGAUUUGAGACAUUUAAAGACCUUGUGCCUGAAAAGCAACCUAACAAAAAUACCCWCCAACAUCACGGAUCUUUCGCCACACCUGAUCCGGUUAGUGGUGCACAAUGACGGCACAAAGCUGCUGGUUCUGAACAGUCUGAAGAAAAUGACGAGCCUCAUCGAGCUGGAGCUGCACAGCUGUGAACUGGAAAGGAUUCCUCACGCUAUUUUCAGCUUGACCAACUUACAGGAGCUGGACUUGAAGUCGAACAACAUCCGAACCAUAGAGGAGGUCAUUAGCUUCCAGCACCUGAAGAGGCUGACGUGUCUGAAGCUGUGGCACAACAAAAUCAUCACCAUCCCUUCGUCCAUCGGACAGGUCAAGUCUCUGGAGACGCUCUACUUGUCUCACAACAAGCUGGAGUCUUUGCCCCCGGCUCUGUUCCUGCUGCCCAAGCUGCGGCACCUGGACUUGAGCCACAACUCCAUCACGGUGCUUCCACCAGACGUGGGUCUCGUUCACAACCUCCAGCACUUAGCCAUCAACUCCAACAAGCUGGAGGUUCUGCCGAAGCCUCUGUUCAGGUGCACCAAGCUGAAGGUGCUCUGCCUGGGCCACAACGCACUCACCGUUCUGCCGGAAGCUGUGGGUCAGCUGGUGCAGCUCACUCACCUGGAGCUGAAAGGAAACUGUCUGGACAGACUUCCUGCUCAGUUAGGGAACUGCCGGCAGCUGCAUAAAAAUGGCCUGGUUGUGGAGGACCAUCUGUUUGACACGCUGCCUGUGGACGUUAAGGAGAGCAUCAGCCAGGAAAUCGAGAAAAGUGGCUAAUAGAACAAAAGUGUCGUCAGCAAAAAUAAUUCAUUUGUUGUGUUGUUUUGUUUUGUUCAUGUUUUAAUCUAGAUUUAGUCUUUUGUUUUUGGUGAGGAAGCAUUAAUGUUGGAUAAAUAAUAUAUUAAGUGGUCAGUGACUGACCGUUUUAUCUGCGCUCACCCAAACAUUUUUAUCAAUCAUCCGGCCAUCAUUUGGUUUUUAUUUCAUUUUCCCCCACAUUUUUAGUAAUUUAAAAAAAAACUAACAUGUUUUUUAUUUCCUUUAAACCAAAAGAUUUUGCUUCAUUGACACAGUGUGAUGAUUGUUUGAAGUACUCAGGAAUAAUUGUAACCAAGGGGAACAAUCAUUUUUGCCUUAACUGCUGCCAUUAUUAUAAUUCUUUUUUUUACGGUGAGGGAUUUCACAAGAGACCAAAAAUGAAACAAAUGUUUUUUCUUAUUUGUGUUUUUCCUCAGAUCAAUUUCUAGACGUUAUGGAAGCAAUUGAAAUGCAGCGCUCCUUUAAUGAUGGGCUUUAAAACAUGAAACCUGUGUAUAGUUUUCAUUCAGAGUCCUGUUGUAACAGAGUUCAUUGAGAACGAUCAAAUUCAGGUGGAGACUGAGCAACAGACAUUCAUCCUACUGUUGUAGGUUGUAUAUAAUGGGUUUAACGUUAGGUCUGUCCUCUGUUAAAUUUCUAACUGACACCAAUGAGAUCUGAACAAAAGAAAACCUCUUUAAAAUUUUAACAUGACUGAAUAUAAAUAGUCUGAUUGUCUACUUACUACUAAUUCUUGCCUUUAUUCUCUGUAUCUGCCUGUUUUUUUUCAGACUGCAUGUAAUGACUUAUUUUCAAAGUACACAACUUUAUUGAGCAAUAAAACAAUAAUCUAUCUAGAUGAUUUUCUAACCAUAAUUAAUUCUCUCAUAUGUGGAACCAGAACCUCUGCAACUUGGAAUUUAUUGUUUUAUUGCUGUCGUUUUUAUUGAUUUUACAGAAAACCCACAAGCUUCUCAGCGUGGACGUGUUUUGAAAAUGUUGGAAUGCGGUCUGAAAUGUAAAUAAGAAUAAAAUACAACAGUUGGUAAAUCUUGUAAACCAAUGCUUUAUUCACAAUGAAAUAUAAUAAACUUGGAAAUAUGAAAUUUAA